GGAGGCGGCAGCCACAGCUCCUGUCAUGGAGGGCAACUAUCCUAGAGGGGUCACCGAGGCAGGGUCUUGGGGCCUGGGUGCCUCCAAGCCAUAAUGCUGGGGGAACUAAUGUCUCUUUUGAGGAAUCUCCAUGGGAUCCUUGCUUCCUCAGGCACCGUAGGGGCAUUGGUGGCUUGGCUGAUCAGCUAUAAGCCAGCCUUGUUUGGGUUCCUAUUCCUUCUGCUGUUGCUUAGCAACUGGUUGGUCAAGCAUGAAGUCCAAGUCAAGCCCGCCCCUCCAGAGCCCCAGAAGGAAGAGGCAGAGAAACCUAAGCCUCCUGAAGCCAAACCCAACGGCUGCCUCAAGAACACAAAGGAAGUGGAGAGGCUGCAUGCCUGCUUUGCCCUCCAGGACAAGAUCCUCGAAAGGCUCAUGUUCAACGAAAUGAAGCUGAAGGUCUUAGAAGAUCAGAUGUUCACUGUAUGGGACAGAAUGAAUCACCACAGGAGGUCAAGCUGGAAGCGGACUUUUCCCACGAGGAAACACAGACUCAGGAGGCAUGACUCCAUUUUCUCCACCAUCUCUGACUGUACUGCUUCGAAUUCCCCUUCAUGAGGUCAGAGAGACUGGGGUGGGCUGGCCUCUUCUGAUGUUGACUUUGCUCAGUAAAACCCAGUCAGAGACUAUUGAA